AUGGACCCCAGCUCGUAUACACUGGUACACCAGCUCGAACGUGACGUGAGAGAACUACUAGGUGUGGUUCCAGUGCCGGUGCUACUCGGUGACGCAGAUGCCUGUGGUGCUCUCGGAACUAGAGGCAUCGCAAGCAGCUAUCUAUCCCUGCCAGGCCUAUCCUUCUCCAGCAGCGAUGAGGUUGUGGUGGUGGUGGAGGAGGAAUGGACCAGGCGGCGAGAGAGGACCGUGAGACGACAAAUGAACAGCCUGCUCUUCACAGCUUGGGCUCGCGUUCAGACGUCAGAAAUGGCAUUGAUAUCCUUGAAAAUCGCUUCAAAUUUGGAUAGUGGGCUGUUCGCCGUUGACGCGGACGAUGAAGCAAGUGUCCAACCUAGCGCGCCCAUCGACGAGAGGGCUCUCAUCGUAUUUGGUAGUUAUUCUAAAGUGGAAUUGCAAUCGAUAAUGAACCCUUUCGUGGGAUAUACAGAUAUGGAAGACAUUAAAACCACCAGUCGUGACUACAAAUGCACUCACCAGUCUCUGGUUAUGUGA